AAUAUAUCUAGGGACUACCCGGAUGGAUUUAUAAUAGUAUUGGUAGCUUCAGCAACGGAUGAUCUUUGCAAUAUUUACGAACAGGAAAAUAGGUCAAAAAUGUUCCAACUACAACAGGAAUACUACAAUAACUCCAAAGAAAAGAGUUCUGAUAGAAAUUCAAGAAAACGCUAAGGCUGAAACGUAUACGAACGCGACUCUAACAAUUUCAUCUUUAUAUAUAGGUAUAAUGUUGACCACAUUGUUUUUCUCCUUCUUGGAGUUUAAAUACAAAUAUUCAGAUUUCGAGACUAUUCGGGGCACUCUUGAGGAGAAAAUUGAACUGUACACUCACGUGGGCCGAGAGAAAAUGCACAAAAUUAGUGAAAGUAUCGGACGGAAAAUAUCUGCAGAUCAUCAUAAUGUACAGGAUGGGUUUCAUGUUACGGACGCCAUAAAACAAACAAUAGAAGCUGUAAUUAACCCUGGGAGCCCUAUAAGAAAAGACGCAAUUAUAUCUGUAGAGAAAGAAGAUUUGGAUAAAAGGGUUUCUCUCUUCAUAGAUGAUGAAGUAAACUUUGAAGAGAAGGAGGUGAUAAACCCAGGAGAGAAGGUAGAACAGAAAUUUGAAGAGUCUGAACAGAAAGCAGAUGAGAAUCAAGAAGAGGAAUUGAUUGUGAAGAAGAAAAUUCAGUUUACUUACAGCAAAGUUGCAACACCAGUUGAGAUGAAAGGUUUACUGGGAACCGACGAAGAUGUAGAAGAAAGGAGACGAAGACGACUUGACACAGAUCUAAAAGUCAGCCACCUUUCCAUGAAACUUGAAGAUCCUCUACGAAGCAAAUCUGUUUAUCAAAAGUCAAAUCUUUAUCUCGGUAUUCUAUUAUUAAUAAGUAUUUUUUACUCGCUGCCUGUUCUUCAAAUGGUGUUUGCCUUUUCUCACUCCCAGCGAAUAACAGGGAACCAGGAUAUCUGUUAUUACAAUGAUUUGUGUCGGCGUCCCCUGGGAGUUAUUCGAGAUUUUAAUCACGUGUUCAGUAACCUGGGAUACUGUGUGUUUGGUAUUCUCUUCAUGUUGAUAGUUUACUUAAAGAAAUGGAAAUAUACAACAUUCUUUCAAGACAACAAAACUAUUCAGGAGGUAGAAUACGGAGUACCGCAGCAGUACGGAAUCUACUUUUCUAUGGGGUUGGCACUCUUUAUGGAGGGUGUUAUGUCAGGUAGUUACCAUGUCUGUCCGACCAACAUAACUUUCCAAUUUGAUACAACAUUUAUGUAUCUCAUGUGUAUCCUUAUGUUCCUUAAACUAUACCAGGUGCGCCAUGCGGACGUUUCUGCUAAUGCAGUGGGUGUUUUCUUCGGGCUAGGAGUCUCUCUAAUUCUUGAAACUGUCUCAAUUUUCUACAGUGGUCCGUGGUUCUGGGCCUUCUUCUGUACAGUGUACAUGAUAGUUAUACUGGUAGCAAUGGUGCAUGCCUACAACCUGGGUGUGGUUAAAUACGAUUACAAGAUUUUCUACAACGUUGCCUAUAUACUUGUUAUUGAGGUUAAGAAGAUUUUAAGCAGAUCACCCGGUGAUCCAAUUCUUCCUAGGAUACGGUCUAGACUGAUUUGUCUUCUUGUCAUGGGAUUUGUCAAUAUUUGUCUCUGCUUAUAUUUCGGAAUUACAGGAACACCUGGAGCAUCUAACUAUUUGCUUGCAAUCUUCAUCUUAAACCUUAUGAUGUACUUUAUAUAUUACUGCUCCAUGAAGAUAUCUUAA